UGGUAGUUAACGGCACUACGUCAACUGUCUACGUGGACAAGGGGAAACUCGGUGGCGCGUGGGCGUGGUCGUGGUAGUGACGUGAACAGUACUCACGUGCGUGCGUGCGUGCAGUUGUGUUGUGCGCGACCUGAUGCUGAAUGCACGGGGUGCAAGGCCAACGACAGGGGUUGGCACGGACUGAUUUCACCAUCAGACUGGCGCCAAGCGGGGAGGUCUGUCUCGCGUGCCAACACACAUCAAUGGUUCAGUUGGGAUGUCGGCCAUCGAACUUAAGUCUGACCUGCCUGGUUAUUCUGGUUCUCAUGAAUAUCACGUUGACUUUCCUGUUGCUGCAGUCGGAGACUUGCCUCCCGAUCAUAAUGCCGAGGGAUUUGGGAUCGAACGCUAUAACCGAGUGGAACCUCGGCACUUUAAUCAAAGAGCCGCAGCAGCAAGAGCAGCAGCAACAAUCGGACUGCGUCACGCAAGAUUACCAAUCGUUGCCAGUUGACGCGACCGAGUUGAAAUUAAAUAUAAAUCUCGGCAGAUGGGACGCCCGCAGGUUGUUCCGCACCUUCGACCAUAUCCUCGUCGGGUCGAGUUUCGUUAAAUUGUCGCGUGCUUACCGCGUGUGCCUGGCCACGCAGAGCUCCGUCGAGAAGCUGCACUCGAUCGUCCAGGCGGCCCACCACUGGACGGGGCCGAUGUCGGUCGCCUUGUACGUGGCCGGCGACGAGGAGUUCGAGGUUCUGCAGAAGUAUCUGAUCUACCUGAGAAAGUGUUACGAGCCGAUACGCGAGAGGGUUGCGUUCUCGUUGGCCGUGCCCAGGGUCAGACCCGUGAAGAGGCAGCCCCGCGAAUUUGACCCGCCCGAGAUGGUGGACUGUGCCAAACCCGAGGGGACGUUGAACGAGUUGAUGAACGGGGUCUCGAACGAGCAGGCCAACUGGCGGAUACGAAACGCGUACCCUCAGAAUCACAUGAGGAACCUGGCCAGGAAGAAUUGCCAGUCCGACUACGUGUUCCUCACCGACGUGGACAUCGUGCCGAGUUUCAAUUUGACCGGGGCCCUCGAUGAAUUUCUUAGAGCCGAUACCUGUGAUAAGUGCGCCUACGUGAUACCGACGUACGAGCUGGACUCACGCGUCAGAUUUCCGCAGAAUAAGACGGAAUUGGUCAGGUUGGCGAGGAAGGGGUUGGCCAGGCCGUUCCAUCAGAAAGUCUUUAUCCACAAUCAGUUCGCGACCAAUUUCACCAGAUGGAUAUUGGAUACCUCGCCCAAUCAUAAAAAGUAUGGAAAUAUGAAGAGUGGCAAGGUGUACGUCAGUCACGACGUGACGAACUUUGAAUUCCUUUACGAACCGUUCUACGUGGCAAAGGAUAUCGUUCCGGCUCACGACGAAAGAUUUAUGGGUUACGGAUACACUAGAAACACUCAGGUAUACGAAAUGUUCGUGGCUGGUUACCAAUUCAAGGUCCUUUCCCCGGUUUUCACCGGUCACUGGGGCCUGCAGACAAGGAAGACGAGGCCGGCUUGGCGCGAACGGCAGAACAGUGCCAACAGGAAACACUUCGAGACGUUCAAGAAAGAGGUUUUCGCCCGUUACAUGCGCGACCCCUUAAAGAUGAUGAAGAACGCCCACUGACGAAAAGUUCGUCGAAGAUUUCGUUGACUCGUCACGAGAUCUUGGAUCGCCGUCCUUCACACUCGUCGCUACUCAUCGAACGUGACACACCGAUCCGUGACUGUCCCAAAGAUGAUGGUGUGGCUCUCUGAUCCCUUUACCUGAACACGUUUGUGCCAUAACGUUUAAAGAAAAACGUUUGUAAACGGGCGAUACGAACGUUCGAACGUAUCCUCGACGAUCUAAUCGAUCGACUGUUCUAUUUUUUUUCGCACCGUCGAAUCGAAGAUCAUUUUCUAUAUAUAUAUACAUAUAUAUAUAUAUAUAUAUUUUGUAUUUCGUGUCGCGAACGAUCUACAUAAUGUCAGAUUACAGUAUUAAAUAUUUGAAGUUGAACAACGGUUUUUCGCGUUUAUUUAUAAAUGCAAACAGAUAUUCAUUAUUUCAUACCUAAAAAAUCGAUCCAUCCAUUGUUGUGUUUGAUUAUCGUUUUAUGCCAAUCUUUCGCGAGAUUUGAAAAAUGUUUAAAGCGAAGAAAAUGAUGGUUAAUGUGCCGGCUAAUGGUCGUUGCUCAAACCGAUUUUUUCCCGCUUCCACGUCGCAAGAUCCCGUUAAUAGCCCGGCGAUAAUUUAUCUGUCGUUAUCGAUAAAAUAAUCAAUUACUUCGUGACCCUCUAUCGACGCCUGUCCAAAAGUUGCACCCGUUAAAUUUAACAUUUAUGAAUUUAUUAAAUGACAGUGAAAUAAUAAAUACGACUCAACAACCGAGAUGGCCGAUUUACCAAAGUUCGAUAUGCAAAUCGUUACGUACAUGUAAGGAGGAAACCUCUUGCUUGGAUGGAUGCUGAGGUACAUAGCUCUCAAGCUCUCGGUAUUUUCUUGCUUCAACUCCGGUAAUAUCCGUCCCGGUCAAUCGGUGACAUAUCACGUAGAUCGUCUCAACAUCUCGCAUAUCUUUUAGUCGAGGAGGAGAAACAGAGGACAGUGUAAACACGAAACGUCAAGUUUAUGGUUAACUUCUAAAUCCAUGUGCACACUCAUCGUACAAACAUUGUUUCAGGCAAGAGCGAAAUAAUUUUGGAUCGAAAAAACCGGUUUGUUCGAUCGAUUCGCGCACGCGUAAUAUCAUAUACAAGAAACCGUUGACACGAUAGUCCAUAAUAGGCCUACGAAGGCGUCCGAUCUUAAAUCGCCGCCUUUUUUAUAUAACAACUCGAUGGAUAUUCGAGGAAUUUCUUCUUUCGCGAUGUGAGAAUGUAAUUUAUCGUGUAUUGAUAACAUUGAAACGUUAAUUUUAUUCUUCGAGUCUCGAAUAAUUAAUACGUUAGUUGCGUUAAUGCUGCAUAGGUGUUUUUCGAUAAUGUCAAUUUUCUAUCGUCAAUAGAAUAAUAUUAUAGCAGUGAAAGUAUUUAUCAAUUCUUACUUCAACCAAGAGAACCAAAUCCACCCAUCGUCCCAUAAUCCCAUAAUAAACACGAAGGAGAGGGAGGAGGAAAAAAA